CAAGUUUACGUCACGGUGACGUCAUGGGGGUUUGUUGACAUGUCUGUUUUUGUUAAGGAGAGAAAAGCCUAACAACACAAACGGCGUCUCUGUGGUCCCUGCGCCGUAAGGAUCUGUGAUGAUUGACUGAACACACAGGAGAAUGUGAAGCACGAUGGCUGACUUUGAAACCUACCAGGAGUACCAGAGACUAGAGGACUACGAGGAGGACUCGCCCCCGGGAGAGGAGGAUCUGCUGAUUCAUGUGCCUGAGGGACUGAAAGAUUCCUGGCAUCACAUCAAGAACCUUGACAAUUUCUUCACUAGAAUUUAUCAUUUCCAUCAGAAAAAUGGCUUCUCCUGUAUGAUGCUAUCCGAGUUCUUUGAACUUGUGCAGUUCCUGUUUGUCGUCACGUUCACCACCUUCCUCUUCAACUGUGUGGAUUAUGACGUGCUGUUCGCCAACCGAGCCGUGAACCACACCGGGCCGGGGGUGAACCCGCUGGACAGGACUAAGGUCACACUGCCGGAUGCCAUCCUGCUGCCUGAGCAGUGCGCUGAGAGGAUUCAAGGCAACAGCUGGAUCAUCUUUCUCCUCAUAAUGGCAGCUAUCUUUUGGAUCUAUCGGCUCGGCAAGGUGUUCUGCAACGUUCUGAGUUACUGGGAGAUCCGCCAGUUUUAUAUCAAAGCCCUGAAGAUCAGCAUGGACGAACUGUGCAACUUCAGCUGGCAGGAAGUGCAGGGGCGACUCAUCAGGCUCCAGCGCGAGCAGCAGAUGUGCAUCCACAAGAAAGAGCUGACCGAGCUGGACAUCUACCACCGCAUUUUGCGCUUCAAGAACUACACAGUAGCCAUGAUCAACAAGUCGCUGCUGCCCGUGCACCUGCGCAUGCCCUUCCUCGGGGACGUGGUCUUCCUCACGCAAGGCCUCAAGUACAACUUUGAGCUGAUCCUGUUCUGGGGGCCGGGUUCACCCUUUCAGAACAAAUGGAGCCUGCACCCGAAGUACAAGCGAGCGAGCGAGCGCCUGGAGCUGGCGCGGCAGCUGAGUCACACCAUCCUGCUGGCGGGCGUGGCCAACCUGCUGCUGUGUCCGCUCGUGCUGGUGUGGCAGGCGCUGUACGCCUUCUUCAGUUACGCAGAAGCCAUCAAGCGUGAACCGGGCAGCCUGGGCACGCGCCGCUGGUCGCUUUAUGGACGUCUCUACCUUCGCCACUUCAACGAGCUGGACCACGAGCUUCGCGAGCGCCUUGGCCGCGCCUAUCGUCCUGCCGCCAAAUACAUGAACGCCUUCAACUCGCCCCUGCUCGCCGUGCUGGCCCGGAGCGCUGCCUUCUUCGCUGGCUCACUGCUAGCUGUGCUGGUCGCGCUAACCAUCUACGACGAAGACGUCCUCGCUGUACAGCAUGUCCUCACCACAGGGACCGCUCUUGGCGUCAUCGUCACCGUUGCCAGGUCCUUUAUACCAGACGAGCAUAUGGUGUGGUGCCCGGAGCAGCUGCUACAGUGCGUGUUGGCGCACAUCCACUACAUGCCCGAUCACUGGAAGGGUAACGCCAACAAGAGUGAGACGCGCGACGAGCUAGCGCAGCUAUUCCAGUACAAAGCGGUCUUUAUACUGGAGGAGUUGCUCAGUCCCAUCAUCACGCCCUUCAUCCUCAUCUUCGUCCUCCGGAGCAAGUCUCUGGAGAUCAUCGACUUCCUGCGCAACUUCACCGUGGAGGUGGUGGGCGUCGGUGAUAUAUGCUCCUUUGCGCAGAUGGAUAUUCGCCGACAUGGCAACCCACAGUGGAUGUCAGAGGGCCAGACCGAGGCGUCCGUGUACCAGCAGGCUGAAAACGGCAAGACUGAGUUGUCGCUGGUUCACUUCACUCUGAAGAACCCUCGCUGGCAGCCGCCUCAGGACAGCUCGCUGUUCAUCAGCCAUAUGCGUGAGAAGGUGCAGCAUGACGCUCAGGCUGGACCGAACCCUCAGCUCCUGCUCUCCGAGGCUCCGCUCUGCACCUCGCUGCUGUCUAACGACUCUGCCACUGCUCCGGAUACCCUUCUAGCGAGUGUUCUAGCUCAUCCGGUCCUGACGGCGUCCGGGUUGCCGGGUUGGAACCGUCGUUUUGUUCCUCAGAGCAGUACGGCAUCGGCCGCCGCUAGCGUCCUAGCCUCGCUCUCAUCAUCUCAGCAGCCUCACGCCGGGCGCUCGCGCUCUCAUGUCCUCCAGCCGUCCGUUCCUCAACAUCAUGAAGGUCCAGUGUACCAAAGCAGUGCCGCUGACAGCAUGUGCACCAGCGAGUCGAGGAUGUACGGCCAGUCCAGUUCAGCCCUCCUCUCCGAGUUCGCAUCAGCCGAGAUGAGCCUUCAUGCCAUCUACAUGCAUGAGGUGCAUCAGCAGAAGUUCCCGUGUCAGCGUGGACCCGGUCAGUCACAUCCGCACGUGUCAUCAAGGGACUUCGGUGCAAGUGUUGUUUCCACGCCUCAGGUGCCCUCCCCUCUCCGGCUGGGAGGAUGGCUGGAGGAAGAGGAGGAGGAAGAAGAGAUCAACAGCAGCUCCGCCCCACAUCGCACCAGUCACACGAGCGGGACGAGCAGCUGAAGUGCCUUAAAGCCUUUCGCAUUCGUUUUCUGGAAGAACGUCGUGGCCUUAGUUUAACUCGAAGCUUCUUGAUCGUACCAGUCGUAUCACGGAGCCUUCGCUUCACCGGUCUUCCCACCUCGAGGAGUCAUGGUGUUCUGGACCUGCAGAUGGCACCGACCAUCUUCUCCUCUCGCUUAGAUGUUUCAUUAGAAGGACUUUUUUCUUUUUUUUUCUGUUGACGUGUGGGUGAGUUUUCAUUCUCAGAUCAAGGUUGUGUGCUGUUCAGUAGGAGCAGGAGCUCGGCUUCAGAAGAAUGUGAACUCGCUCGUGAGUGGCAGGAAAAAAAGGUUUGUUAGGGUUUUUUUUUUUUCCCUAAAGGGUUUUGUUGUGUAUUAUUUUGCAUGUGCUGCGCUAAGAUCUACGAAAGGUUUGUAAACCUACCAGAUUUUUUCUCAGUCAUUUUAGAAUCUUUAUGAAGUGUCCUGAGUACUUUCUACAGAGGUGCUGAAACGUACACACAGUUUUAUGUCUGCUGCUUUUUCAUUGUCACAGUGACACUAAACUUUUUUUUUUUUUUGGCAAAUCAUGUAAAUAAGGAAGAACACACUUGGGUGCACUGUUAUAGGAAAAUUAUCAAAGAUGGAGUUGAAGCAGAGUUUUAUCCGUUUCCCAAUAACAACAUGUCCUGAAGUGUUUUUUUCCCUUAUGCCACAGCAAGUACAAUUUAAUCAGUCAGAAAAUGACCUGGUGAUUUUUAUCUGUUUAUAGCUAGCAUUUAAAUUCAUUUAUAACAGCUACACUAGAUUGCCAAAAGUUUUGGGACACCCCUCCAGAUCAUUUAGUUCAGGGGUUGGGCUCGGCCCCUUAGUUCCAGUGAAAGGAACUCUUAAUGCUUCAGCUUCAUACCAAGACAUUUGGGACAAUUUCAUGCACUAGUCCAUAAAGACAUGGAUGAGUGAGUUUGGUGUGGAGGAACUUGACUGGCCUUUGUGAUGAAUUAGAGCGGAGACUGUGAGCCAGACCUUCUCGUCCAACAUCAGUGCCUGACCUCACAAAUGCGCUUCUAGAGGAACGGUCAAAAAUUCCCAUAAACACACUCCUAAACCUUGUGGAAAGCCUUCCCAGAAGAGUUGAAGCUGUUAUAGCUGUAAAGGGCGGGAGACAACUCCAUAUUACAUUCAUGUGGAGGUAAAGGCAGACGUCCCAGUUUUGGCCUGGCUCACAGUCUCCGCUCUAAUUCAUCCCAAAGGUGUUCUAUGGGGUUGAGGUCAGGACUCUGUGCAGGCCAGUCAAGUUCCUCCACACCAAACUCCCUCAUCCAUGUCUUUAUGGACCUUGCUUUGGUCACUGGUGUGCAGUCAUGUUGGAACAGGAAGGGGUCAUCCCCAAACUGUUCCUACAAAGUUGGGAGCAUGAAAUUGUCCAAAAUGUCUUGGUGAAAUGGAGACUCCUUAGGAAAUAAUGCGGAAAAAUAAAAAUGGUGUAAAAAAAAUGAUCUGACCAAUCAGAAUGGAGAAUUCAACCUGACUAUAAAACACAUUGAUGGUGCAUAAAUGACAAAGGACAAGGAAGCGACAUGCGUUUUUUUUCUCAAUAUUAACGCCUCAUUAGCUAACUGAUGAAUUAGCCUUUAAUCCAUCAAGCCUUAGGGCUUUUGUUAUCUUGACAAGGAAAGAUGGAUUUUCUUAAAGUUUCAUACCGCGCUCGGAUAAAUAAUGUAUGGUCUAGGGGCCGUUAGGAAGACCAGAUGGCUAGCGCCGCUUCCAUAAACCGUUAAUCCUCUCUCACAGCUGAUAGAUGAAACAGUUUCACCGACCGCAUUUAUCGUGUCUGAAAUAUAAGUAUUGCUUUUAAGGAAGAGGAAAAAAAACAAAACAA